AUGGCAUCACUGACAUCUUCCAGCCGCAGAUCCUCCUCAUCCUACCGCUCAUCGUCACGUUACAGCACCUCCAGCACCCAUCGGUCAGAGGGCUCACUGGGUGGAUCGUCAGAUUCUUUGGAUCCCCUUUUUGAGCCGUUUCUUGACUCUGCUGAUCAUUCCAGUCUGUUUGUAGAAGAGAGCCCCGGAGGACCCAGUUGUUUGGCCCCCUUCAGCAGACACAGCAGAUCAUCCUAUGGAUACACUGCGUACGGCUGUACAUUUCAUCAUUGGUCAGCUCCUGUAGGCAGUACUUUGACAGGCCGACAGAGCAGCACAGGUGGCGGGGUGCGAUGUCUGGGAGAUAGCUACUACAUGUCAGCUGACGUCAGCCAGUUUGAGCCACAUGACGUAGUGGUGAUGGCCUACAACCACCAUGUUGUCAUUCAUGCCCAGAAGGUACUAGAUGAUGGAAGUGUCAGUGACACAUUCACCCAUAAGUCCCUGUUUCCGGAGGAUAUGGACCCAUUGUCGGUCAGUGGGACCCUUAACCCUGAUGGUACCCUGGUGGUGAGUGUCCACCGGACCACGACCCUGGGUGAGCUGGAGGCCCUGGGUGUCCCCACCUACCGCAGUGAAGCUCACCUUUGACUUAAUGUGGCUUCAUCUUCUCACAGUAUCUCAGCUUUUUUUUAUAUUAUUUGAUGACAGUGUUGUGAGGUACACUCACCUAUCAAGCCGAUCAAGGCAUUAUAAUUUAAAUGUCUGUGAAUAACAAGUUAUUUUUCUGUUCAGCACACUUUGGUCCAUUUGGAACAUAUCACAGAAACUUCUGUGAAGAUUGCGAUGACAUUUAAUAUUAACAUUAAUGACUUG